GGAAUUGAUUUAAUAUGAAUCGAAAUACUGUGUUGGUUAAUAGAUAUUGUCCUCCAAAAAUGAACAAUACUUUCAAAGGUUUGCACUUUAAAGGGCUAAUAGCUUGUUUAGUUUUCCCUGGUAAAUACCAAAGUUUUUCUGUCAGAUCCCGGUUCAAAGUUUGCCAUUGGAGGAUGAGCUUCAUAAUGGAGUUUAGAGGGUUUGUUCCGAUAUUUACUCUUCUAAAUCAAGGGGCAAGGGGCAGAUUGUGAGUAGCAAGUUUUUAGGGCUUAGUCCCGUUGCCAAAAGAGGGGCCGCUUUUGCCAAUCCGUUAAGAAAAAAGUGCGGGGUGGGGGUGGGAGCAAGCGGAAACCGGAACCGCAGAGUAAAAUUCCAUCACGUUCAGGCCCCUUGUUGCUGCCGCAGGCUGUGUUUACAGCCUUCAGAUGACACGCCUCAAAAACAAGACCCAACGUCUGAGUCAAGUUGUGCGAGCCGCACAAUAUAUUUAUAGAUCACUUUACUUAAUAAUAUUUUAUAUAAAUUGUCUUGGUUGCGCUGGUGGGCAAUAACCGCUAUCAAGUUCGACAAAACGGAUAUGUUUUCGCAUAGCACUCAAGUUUCAAGACUCUUUUCGCGAGAUCCAAACAAACAAUUAGCUAUUAAGAUUUGAAGCAUUUCGAGCAACAAUUACAUUACCAACUUACUUAAGCUUAAUGUGCAAAUAUUUUGAAGCUCUCCGCUUGUGUUUUCCUUGUUCGAAAUGCAUGAAUGGGGAGUUGAAGAUCUAAGGCAGAUAAGAUUCAAUUUUAGCCAGAGACGUGGAACAAAUUGAACUUACGUCUUAACGUGAAUAAAAUUUUCAUGGGGUCACUCGAAUUAUAUACUAAAAGGUUUAAUUACCAUCCAUUGUUCUUAAGAACAAACUUCAUUCUUUAUACCGGCAACUAUUUAAUUACGAACUUUAUAUCGCUGAAAAGUGUUAAAUAUUGACAGACGGAAGAGUAUAAUAAAAACGUUGAAUUAACGAAUAAUGUUUUUAAGGGAUCCACCACAUCAAAAUAUAAUUUUAAUUGGCCGCAACAAACCAAAUUUUUAACCGAGUUUUUAACUUAAUGCCCCGAUUUUAAAUGUUGGUCGGCUAGGGUGAUUUUUGGGCUCACCUCAAGAUCCCAAGCUCAAAGUCUACGCCCCUGUCUCUAUAGCUUCAAAUUAAUUAUAUUUAUUGUUUCAUUUUUUCUGUGAACACAAACAAAUGUGCGUUUUCUCGGCGUGUUUUGGUAGCAUCCAUGUUUUGCCACAAGGUAAUUAUUUCGUACACUAAACAGCAUUUUGUUUAGGGCAUUUCGUUGCUGUCGCUGGUGCUUUUGAACCGCAGGGCACUUUUGUGUGUAUUUUUUGGAGCUGAAACCAGAGGCUGGUGCUGCUAUCAGGCCGCUCUGUCAUUUUUAUGAUUGUUAAUGUCUCGGUCAACGCUUUUAAGUCAAGUUCUGAGCCCCGUCCCAAUCCCGUCCCCAUCCUCCGCGAUCGUCUGUGGCUUGUUGUUGCCUUUAAUGGAAAGAAAUGAGUUUGAGAGCCAGCGGACUGAGCGGAUGGAGUUGCGAGAAGGGGAUCCGGCCUGUGAAUUCAUAUAGUUUGUGGCGGGCAUUAAAAACGAUCGACACAUUUGCCUGUCGGAUGAGAACGCGUUCAGAAGUUCAUCGGGUAUGAGCUUGCGAAAGUAUAUCCGAAUGGAUAAGAACUCAAACUGAAUCUCUAGAAUUUCGAUCAAAUAAAUAAAUCCGAUAUGGCUAGCAUUACCUAUGCAUUGUGUCUGUGCUCGUUGUUUAUAUUGUUUUCGCCUCUUGUGUCCUCGAAUCGGCGUGUCCGGCGACAAAAUCGAUCCGAUCGCCUGCUAGCCGACAUUGGAGUACGUGCCCAGUCCUACGAUCCCCGUGUGCCGGAAAAUGGCAUCCAGCAGUACACCGACAUCGACCAGGAUCUGCGCCAUCUGUUUCUCAACACCAGGCAGACCACGCUGAGAUGGGCCCUCAACAACAUCGAUGCGCUGAGCAGCCGCGGCAGACGCGAGGGAAAGCUCCAGGUUCCGGUGUCCAAGAAGGUGCCCUUCCUGUGUCCCACGAACGACACACGCUCCCCCAGUCCGCCCACUUCCAUAGAGCACCUCAGGCCGGGUGACAUUGACAUCAUAGCUGCCUUUGGCGACUCUCUGUCCGCAGGCAAUGGAAUACUGUCCAACAAUGCCAUCGAUAUGAUCAACGAGUUCCGCGGCCUGACCUUCUCCGGUGGCGGUCUCGGCAACUGGCGAAGAUUCGUCACCCUGCCGAACAUCCUGAAGAUCUUCAAUCCCAAACUGUACGGCUUUGCGGUGAGCAACAGCCUGGUGAUCAACCACCGAUCCUCGCGACUGAACAUCGCCGAGCCGAUGAUCAUGUCGCGGGAUCUGCCCUUCCAGGCUCGUGUGCUAAUCGAUCUGCUGCGGCGAGAUCGCCAUGUGGACAUGAAGCGGCACUGGAAGCUGCUGACUGUGUAUGUGGGAAACAACGACAUCUGCUCCGACCUGUGCCACUGGGACACGCCGCAGAGCUUCCUUGAUCAGCACGCCCGCGAUCUGCGCCAGGCAUUCCGGCUGCUACGCGACCAUGUGCCGCGCCUGCUCAUUAAUUUGAUUGUGGUGCCAAACAUCCCGCUGGUGCUGAGCACCAUGACGCAGGUGCCGCUGCAGUGCUUCGUGGUGCAUCGUGUGGGGUGCCACUGCCUGAUCAACGACCGCCUCAAUCGCACGCAGUUCAAUGAGCGCAUGGACACCCUGAUUCGUUGGCAGCAGCUGGACAUGGAAAUCGCCCGGCUGCCGGAGUUCCAUCGCCAGGACUUUGCCAUCGUCGCGCAUCCCAUGCUGACCAAAGUGACCGCACCCACGCUGCCCGAUGGGAGCACUGACUGGCGGUUCUUCUCCCACGACUGCUUCCAUUUCAGCCAGCGCGGCCACGCGAUCAUCUCGAACCUGUUGUGGAACAGCAUGCUCCUACCGGACGACCAGAAGCCACGACCUUCGGUGGUGCCCGAGCUGUUCGAGCGGGUCGUUUGCCCCACUGCGGAGCAGCCCUACUUUGUGGUCAGGCCAAGUUGAGGGUCUCCCAAGAUCGGGGAACGGGUUAAGUUACUUGGUUUGGCUGUCUGGUGACCCUUUUUCGUGGCGUAACCGCAGUCUGGUGUGCACAGAGAAAAAUUGCUUUUUUAUUCGCAUAUCAAAUUAUAGCAGUCUAGGUACUUUACAUUACUCAUAAUAAAUUAUUAUUAUUUAUAACCAUAUAAUAUACAAACCGUGCCACUUCCACUUCCGCAAAUCUCAUGCGGAAUGCAUUGGAUAGUGCAAAGGAAACUCGAAGGAUUUUGUUUACGACAUUGCAAAUAAAUAAUAAUAUAUUUGUCAAGCUGUCAAAAACGUUUAAAGAUUAAAUGAUGAAUUAAUUUAGGUGGCAUUAAAUGUAUUUUAUCUUGCUGACAAAAUGGUUUACCUUCCGUAUGCGUUCAGUUUUCACAACUCUUUUUUCAUACCUUUUACCCAAACCCAUUUCCAUUUCAAUUAAAGUAUUAUGCAAUUUUUAAUUUAUAUUUUUAAUUAAUUAAAAACACAUCCCCAUCCGGAAUAAAAAUUCAUUAAAACAUUUCUUGCUUAUGCGGCAGAAAAAAUGCUCCGGCUUACAGUGAACACCAUCCUUGAUGUACCCCCUCCCCCCUCGUUCUUCUGAACGCGUGACAACGUCGCCUGCUCAUUACCUGCCUCCUUCCAGUCCCGGGCCCUGCCACGCCCACUUUCCCCCAAACGCAGAAAUUAAAAUAUAAAUAACAGCAAAAAUAAAGUUGCAGUGGGGUAGCUCGACUAUGGGAUACCGUCUGCUUUCUAUAUUUAAUCAUAUUAUUGUGUUUAUUAUUAAUAAACUUUGGUUUUCAUCACAAGCAAAUAAUUCUGCUGACCAAAUAGCUUCAUCCUUCCUUUAUAACCCCUUAAAUUUAGUUAAAAAAUUGACAGACUGACGAAUAUGUCUGAAUAGUCGGGUUCCUUCAUUCAUAUCGUAACAGAGUAGACUUCAUUAGUAUAGAGAUGCAGCAUUCUCGAUGAUUUACAUUUUUUGAAUAUGUGUAAUAUGCCUUUUAUAUGGCGAGUUGAGGGGUAUAACAAAGCAUCGCAAGCAUUUCUCGCUUAUGCAGCGGCAGGACCACCUGCAAACCGGACAGUUGCCAAUGGGCGGAUACCAACCCCAAAAAAAUCUGAUUCCCGGGCACAAAUGGAAAAAAAUGAAAUUGAAAAUGAGUACACACACACACACAUACACAUAUGCACGCCCACUGCAAACAAAGUUGCCGGUGGGAGGGGCGUGGCAGCAUAAUAACAACAAGACUGUGGAAAAAAUUGCGACUGGGGCGUAGAUUCGGCAGACCUGGUGGGAAGGGGGUAUGUAUGGAGUGGGGGCUGUAAAAAUUAUAUUAAAAAUGCAGUGUCCGAAAAGGGCGUAGCACAACCACACACACUCACACACAUGCAAAUACUCACACAGUCGCGACCAGCAGGAUAAAAAAAAACGCCACACGUGGCUGCAAAAAAGUAAUAAUAAAACUGAAGUUUUUCUGGGCUGGGCCUGUUCCUCCAUAGCGCUGAUAUAUACACCUCUGCAUGUGUGGCUCCGCCGACAUGUGUGUGUAUUAUUUACAUAUUUAAAUAUUUUUGGAACCCCAAAAAAUAGCAAGAGCAGGAGCACAAAGUGUCCCGUUUCGAAAAAUGUGCGUUUUUUUUUUUGUUUUGAGGCCGAAAAAUUGGAAUGCAAUGUAAACAGCCGAAAUGAGUUCGCAAAUAGAAAAAUUUUCAGCGUUGCACAUUGGAGUGUUCAAAAAAAAAAGGGGUAAAUCUCUAGCCCUGAUUAACCCAAACGACAGAAUUACCUCCCCUAAAAAUAUCGCUGCAUAUAGUAAAGGGUUAACCAUCAAAUGAAAUAGAUAGACCGGGGAGUUAGACCUACGAAUGAUUGCAUAAAUAUAAUAUGAUUGCAAACAAAAACAUUUUUUAUCCAUUUGCGUUUGUCACUCCGCCUCCUUUAUGUACAUAAACUCCAACUUCCAUCCAUGUGUAUGCCAUUCUUUUUCAUUGGGGGAGUGUAUUUCAAAUACUGUAUGGUACAUAGGUGAUUAUAUACUCUAGCCUCUUUUUUAUGACAUAGUAUUCAAUAUUAAAUAGUAAGGACAUUUAUAGUGAUGACUGAUAGGAUAGGAUAGAUCUUAAAGCUAUUGAAUUCGUAGAAAGUGCACGAAAGAUAUACAAUCUGGUUUCACAGAAUGCCAGCGAUCCUAAGCUGGCACUUGAAGUGACCACCAAUUGGAACUGACCCUGACAAAUCCAUCAAGACAGUGCUUUACAAUGCAAAAUCGGCCAGGAACUUCAGUUCCGCCUGGCUAGAAAACGUCUGCAACCAUCGGAGGGGAAAACUGCGGCAUGGUUGACAAUGGUCCUUGGAGUUGCCACGAAAAAAAAAUGUCCACGCUUGACAUUAAACAGCGACAACAUUUUCACUUUGCAUGCAGAAUGCCGGCACAAAGGGUUCUGCGAUGGACUGGCGGAGGCGUCUCAUGCAGCGACUGACAACCGCAUUGGAUACUCCCCGCCUCCGGAUCUCGCAUCCUGGAUUCCGGAUCACCUCCCCCCAGCCACCGACGCUAACUGGCCGCGCUAAAACGUCAGCCAGACAGCGGCGACGAUGGCGGAAAUAGAGCAAAAGUUGAGAACAAAAACGAUGAGCGAAAUGGAAAAAAAUGGCACACAAGCUACUUGAGCUUGAACCGGCGACGCUUUUCAAAUUCCCCACCCAAACCGGGGGUGGCGUUCCACUCCCUUUUCGGGUUAUUUUUUCCGCGACCAGGCAUGCGGCUGACGGGUUAAGGCGGGACAGUUGACCAUCUCGCUCGGUCGGUGGAGCAGGGGCUCCUGGCUGUGGGCGCGUCCUUUCAUUGUAUGUACGCUGGAGUGAAGUGCAAAAUCUCCCCACUCGCAAAUCCAACUACCAGUUCCUGUCCGGCUGCUAACCCCCCGAGUAAUGGCAAUGAUUUUGACGUCUGUUUAGUUGGCCCUUUGCUCGCCUUCAACGCAAAGGAUAACGGCCAUCUGCAGGCAGCAGUGACGAGGAUUCGCCGAGUCCUCUGCCGGAGAUGCGUCUCCUGGUGCGUUUGUUUUGAGUGCAGCGGAAGCGUCUUUUAAUCAGCGCUUCGUGGCAAUGAAAACUGAUAGGUUGCGGGAUGUCCUUUGGGAAUGGGCUUCUGCCAUCCAAUGGUCAUCAGCCGAUUUUGGGCAUUACGAUUGACAGGCACGGGUGGAAGAUGGGGGAUGUUGAAAAUUGAAGUUGUAUGUAGAGAAAACAGAGAGAGAAUUUUUCAGAAUAUUUCCCUAAGACCUUCCUCAACAAACGGAAGAGGCUUUCCUCUUCUUUGGGCAUUCCCAAUACAUUUUUUAAUUUCCACUCUUUAUUCCACCACGCAGCGCAUAUGAACAUCUCGUGGCCCAUUUGCUUAUGCCUCUUGCCAUUGUUUGCGCUACACUUCAACGCACUUUCGUCAUUGAUCCGGAGAGUCCUGCAACCAGUCAGCCCGGUCCUUCUGCCCAGCGCACCACCCCAUCUCGGCCAGAGCAGACCGGACCCCAAACUGGCCUUCAAUUCGAAAACCCCGUGGCUGUGGCCCGUUUUAUUUUUUCAUUUUUAUUGAAUUUUGCUUGCCCAUGCUAUAGCUCCAGUGGAAUAACCAGUCCGCCCCGGAGUGUGUUGCAUUAUGCCGGGACAUACGUUUUGAAAUUCCAUUUCUGCGUAGGUUUUUUUUUUAUCCAUUACUCAAAUCUGUGUAUGGGUUUGCAUGGGUGUGAGGCCGUGGACAGAGGAAGGUGGCACGUAUGUUGCCAGGUUGCCCCACACGUACGGGGGCCACGGCGCUAAGCUUUGACUUGGGAUUUGCAUUUUUUACGCGCCGAGGACCAACUCGUCCCAUGCUCCUGUCCUCCGAGGAUGGGAGUGCGGGAAGGGUCGGAUCGGUGGAGCGAGGAAUGGCAUCCACUUCUGCUGAUGCCGUGAUUUUUUUCAUUUUUUGGUACCCUAUACAGUAAACAGUGAUGAUAUGCAGAUGAUCGAAGUCCAACAAGCGAUGUACAUGAACCACAUUUAAAUUAAUUAAAAAUCUAUGUCUUUAGGCUUUCUACGUAAAUAUAUGUAAAUUAACAUAUGUAAAAACAUGUAAAUAAACAAAAUGUUGGUUAAUGGGUAUCCAAUAGUUGAGCGUUAGGUAAGACCUUCAUUGUUAACGUUGUUGUUACGACUAGUCCUUCUUUUUUUCCAUAAUUCCCUGCUCCCUGUAUCCCUUCGCAUGCUUCUUUCAUUCGCCGUGUCCUGUUUUGGGAUAAAAAUCCAUUUCAUCAUCAGGGUUUCCUCCGUUCGCCGCCUUCCUGCUGAUGCUGCUUUGUCUGAUCGCGUUGAAAUUGUAAUGAGAUUUUCUGUUUUGGGUCGACUUGGUACUUACGGAUAUGUUUCGUCGAGGAGUUGGCGCAAAUUUUACGGUAAUAUGCUUUUUUGAGAAUGUAUAUGCAGACCGGGAGUUUGUCUAUUUAAUUUAUAAAAUUUAUCUGCGGCUCGCAUCGGUGGGCAGCAUUAUAUCCUGUCCACAAUUUGUGGUUGUCAAGUCAUAUGGCAGCGGCAAAUGCAUUCGCUCAUUCAUCAUUCGAAAGCAAGUCUGUUGUCCUUUCUUUACGGAUAUGUAUCCGUAUCCUUUCUGUCCCGUUUUCGGUUAAAAUGAAUUUUUUUCCCUGUGCCGCACGAAUUUUUAAUAGAUUAGACGGGUUUCCUUUGAGAACAGUGCGGGCUGGCGGCAGCCCGUUGUUUUCCAUCCACCCAGUUCGUAAACAGGGAUUAUGUUGGAUGAGGCGAGAGUGGAGUUCUUAGUCCAGAAGGUUAGGCAGUGGAUUUGAGGUGGUAAUUGUGCGGGACUUGUUUAAUUAUGUGACUUCACAAAUGGGAUACCAUUUCAUCUUAUAUCAUCAAAUAUUAUUGUAUAUUAUAUUAUUUAUUUUUAGAGCCUAUUUGGUUGUCAAACUUUAUAAAUCGAAAUAUUCUAAAGUAUUGGCUAUGAUAUUUCUGCCCCCUCCCUUAUCGCCAUUAUAAAUAUGCAGAAAUAUUUGGCUCGACAAACAAAAUAAAAUUGAUGGAACUUUGUUGGCUGGCUAUCUAUGCUUUUUCGCAGUUCGCUGAGAACAAUACACAAUUUCCAAUUAAGCGACAGUUUGUCCACUCUCCCGACCACCGAUUUCAGCUAUAUGCUAUAUGACCGUGCGCAUCUAUAGACCGUCUAACCCUUUCCCCAGAAUCCAUCGGCACCAUUCGAAACAUUCGACCGACCGACCAUUUGACCAUUCGAAGCGGUGUUUGGUCGUUGGCUGUUGUUGUUUUUACUCGCUUUCGGCGGGCUCGAUAGCAAAUUGUAUUUAAAAUUUAUAUAAAAUUCGCGGAGUAUUUGUUGUGACAACGUCUGUGUGCCCGCCGACCACCGAUACCCCCCGCUGCUCCAACGAGCAUUAGCCACCACACGGUUAUUUUUGCCUGCUCCACAAUCAACGUUAAAAAUUCGCGCAAUUUAUGCAUGCAUGGCGAGGGGUGGUGAAAAAAGAGGGGGAAAUGGGGUUACUCCUGCUCCUGCCUCGUGUGGGCUUGUAUAAAUGGCAAAAAGCCUCUGUCGCUGCCCCUUCCUGUGGCAUCCGUCUCCAGCUCCAGCUCCUGCCACUUCCACUCGCCCGUUGUUAUUUCCACUGGCGGCGAAUCACCAAAAACUCCGCGCUUGUUUAUUUUAUUGGCACGUAAAUUUAUGUGGAUCUCCAUUCCACUUUUCCGGCCCUGUCACUCCGCACGGGUGUGAGUGAGAGAGUGAGUGUAGCUUUUCCGUAUAUUCCUGCAUCCUAUAUAUUGUGUGUACACAAUUGUGUUUUGUGUAUUUUAUAAAUAAUUUCUGUUCGACGUGCAAAAAUAUCUACACACCCGGAAAAAGCACCGGUUUUUGUCAGAUUCUCGGCUCACAUAAACUUGUAUAUUAUAUAUUUUUUUUCGUUGAAGCAAGGGAAAUUCGUCAGACAUGCGAUAGAUCAUAAGGCUUUAUGGUUAUCAGAAAUCUGUUUCUACAGCUUUAACUAAAUAUCUAUAGAUUUGGUUAUUCCAUCGAAACCUUUGAAUAUAAGUAAAGUCAAACCACUAAGAGUAUAGUCAGUCUAAUUAGUAUCCAUUAACUAGGCCUUAAGUUUCGAUAUUCUUCUGACAAGAUUUUAUUCAAUGUGAGUUUGUCCCAAUUCCAAGAGCCCUGUAAUCUCUUUUAGAUUAACCAACGAAGCCUUUAGCUCUUCCCUGUCAUAAGCUGGCCAACAAGGAAUGGCGAAUGGGGUUGAGUCGGCGGCAGCUUCAUCAAUAUGCAAAGGUCCGGAAUUAAAGAGACAGUGAAUGGCACAAAGAAACUGAUGAAAGUGGGCCCUCAACACUGGGUUAAAGGCACUUUGUCAAAUACGAACAAACAUAAGCCAUCUAAUUAGAAGUAUGAAUCGAAUAAAUAUCGAUAAAAGCUAUAUGAAAGCUCUAUACUAUCUCAAUCUGAUCAACUUUAUCAACUUAUGUACUAGCAGCAGGAAUAUUAAAUAGCAUAUUUUCGUUAAAUGAAUCCCAGCUGGUGGAUAGCAGCUCCUCUUGACCACUGUGCCUGCCAUCCAAUGCGUCUCCGCUGUGCUCACGUUCCAUGCUGUCCAAUUAUGUCUCACACAUGCAAAUGCAACGUGCAGCGGCGGAAAUCAGCCAGCCUCCAUUCCGAAAACCCACAUGCCCAAUCCCCAGUGCCACCUCCGUGCCACCCAAUCACUCGACGCGCUUGUUGGGUCCGCGAGGCUUUUGGCCAGGAGCGGCAGAGCGACACGAACUGGGCCCAAACGAGCGGCGAACAAACGACAGCACAUGGAUGCCAUAACGGCUGGAUCCGUUAGCCGUGGGUCGAGAGUUUCGGGGAUCGAGGCUCAACUCUGUUUCAAUUUGCACCCCCGCAGACGCGGCAAUCACUCAGCCGACCCGCUACACUGGCGCCACCCACUGCCACUGCCCACCACCCCCACAAAAACACCCACUUUUUCGCGUAACGCAGAGUUUGGUGGGGGAAUGGGACAGGGAACGUGUUGUUUCCGACUCUUUCGGCCAUUCUCCAGCGACAUAUGGUUGUUGUUUUGCUUUUUGGCCAUGGCCAGUCUGAUUCGUUGUUGUUGUUGCCCAUGUUGUCGUGCUAUGUGCGUUUGUUGCAACAAUCGAUUUAUUUUCGGUUUCAUUUCUGAUUGGCAAUAUUUCAUAGCAGUGUCGUUCCUCUUUUUUUACUUUUCAGCUUCUCGUUUCACUCUAUUCCGUUUGUGUAUGUGCCUGGAAUAUUUGUAUUUUUUAAAUAAUAACGUGCAGGGUGAAACGGAAUUGGAAUGUGCAUAUUGCUAGAUUCACAGGGAAGAUUCUCUUACAGAUGCAGUACUAAUAUUCAAACCAACCAAACCAAAAAGCUUAUAAAGUCUAUUUCAAGUAGACGUGCAGUGUUUCCAUUCUACAAGAAUAUAAAUACUAUUAAAAAUGUAGACCCUUUUCCUUUUUGCAAUUUAUUUGCCAACCCUUCAAUGGCUAUUUUUAUUAAAUUUAUUUUACUCUUUUGGGUUUGCCAAUUAUUAAAAUAAAUAAUGGACCUUAAAAUCGCUCAGAAUUCGGUCGGUGGUGGUUGAAUAAAUAAAUCUGAAAUUGAUAAUUGGCAAUUGCAAAUCGAGGCGGAAAAUUAUGGUGUCUGCAUGGUGCAAUGCCAUUUCAUAAAUGAAAAUUUUUUUUGGUGCUUCAAAUUAGCGGACGUUGUGCAGCUUCACUUUUCCAUUGGCUCGACCACAGCAGUUUCAUUUCCCGUUUUUGCCGGAUACAAACCCAAACCAAAUCCAAUUGAAUCCACCCACGCAAAUCCAACUCCCAUGCGAGCCACAACAAAUAUAAUGUUAGCGUCAAAUGUGCAAUAUUUUCCUCUUUUAGAAUUGCAAUACGAAUUUGGCAACAGACGUAUACAUUUUGAUCAUCAUAAUCAUCAUAAUAAGCCUGCAAAUUAAUUUUCAUAAUACAAACUAUCUUGAAAAUACUACGAAAUUGGUGAAUGUUGUAUAAUAUAUGGAAACAUAUAUUUUUUAUGUUGCUUGAAGUGCAACAUCCCAAAAACUACACCCUCUCCCAUGACUUAGAAUCAAUAUUUCGGUUAUUGGCAUUACACAACGUCAACACCACGAACUGCAGCGGCAACAAAGACAGCGACACUUGCCACCAAAAAUUUCAUAUAUUUGGAUGCCCCCUUUUUCGGGGGAAAAUUCACGACAUCAGACUUUGGAGGACAGGACUUGCAGUUUUGGGUGGGCUAUGUGUUUGGUGGCUUCACUGCGGUUUAGAGCCAGCCGGCAGGGAUAACAUCUCCAUUCGCAGAGUACACUCAAACCAAAAGUGAGAGCACUUUUCUGUAUUUAAUAUAUAUAAACUCUUAGUAACUAGCAGUUGAUAUACAUUUAAUAUAAUUAUUAAAUAUAAUUUACUUCAAAGUAAGAAAGAAAUGGUGUAAAAUUUAUGAAACUUAAGUCUUUUUAGGGCUUUUUUGUUUCGAGUGCAUUGUCGCCAUAUUCUGCGGCGUUUCUCUGUUCGCUGGCUCGUUGGGUUAACGUUAAUUUGCACAAUUUUUGAGUUAUGCCAAUCGAUUUCUAAUGGGCCUCGUCGUGUAUGCGAUACACAAUCCACCUCCACCGCCAUCGGGAAAACUGAACUCUUGCCAUGGCUGUCGCGGGGAAAAUGCAGGAACACUUGUGUGGGAGAGGUAGCUUCAUUUGUAGUUCUAAACUGGCAGGAUUUGCCAUCUCUUGACUUGGGCUUCCAAUGAUGGUGGCAUCAUUGAUGAGCAACAAAGUGUUUCGCAGUGAUUUCAUAUUUGCCAAACUGACAUUGAUGUGGUAGACACCUGCCCACCUUUUGUGUCAAACACUAAUUGAUGAUUUAAGGCAGGCAAUUUGUUAUUUCUUAUGGGUUAUGGGAGAUCAUAUAAUUAUAAUUUAUUGCGAAUUUUUGCUAAAAAUAAUUAUCAAAUAAAUUACUAAAAAGUGCGCUUUAGUGACGGGCUCAACAAAUCCAUGGGAAAAUGAGAUUCAACACAAACAGAAACCCUCAUUAUUGGCAUAAAAGUUAUAUUUAUUUCUUUUUUUUUUUGCUAUAUGUCGUCUGUCGAAAAUUGCAUAUGCAAUACGAAUUUCAGCCCAUAAAUAUGCAAAGGUUUUUGCGCAAUUAUCGCCGACGAGGCUUAAACCGCAUGCAAACACAUUUAUUUAUGACAUUAUUGCAUAAAAUGGUAUAAAAAUAAAUUGGAUAUAUACAAAUGAAGGUGUCCUACCCCCAAAUUAUUUUAGGCACCACUGAAAUUGUGCAGCUGCGUUUGUGGUUGGCGAUGGAAUAUGGGAGUGGGUUUAUUGGGCUUGGAAUGGGGCAGACGCCAUCAAAUGUUGUCAUUAAAUUCAGCGGAUUGCCACAGAAAAAGAGAGAGAGGGAUGAAUAAAAUGAACGGUCAUAACCUGGCUGGAAAACCCACAGAAAUUGCAGUAUAUAUUUUAUUCAU